AUGUCUUUCCUGCUGGAGGUCAACCUUGCACUUGCCGUACACGAAGAACAGGCGUCUACAGGUGCAAGCAAUGAGGAAAUCAUCCGUGCUUCAGUGAACGCACUGCGAUCUAUCCAGCAGCGCUUCCAGAAUGGCAACCAGGAUCUCCCUCGAGCCACCCGUAGCCUUGAGCGAAGCUUCACUCUGGCUAUUCUCAGAGAACAGAGCACUCGGAACUUCAAUCUCGACAUGCUCAUCAGCCGCACAAGAAUGGCUUGGGCCCGUGUCGCUGAUCGCCUCGAGCAUGGUCAAACUCCCUUUCCAGAGCCCUACCAUGUCACCUCCCAAGAUGAGGACGACUCUAUUGAGGAGCAACUCCGUCGAAUGGGACUCGAUCCUAACAGCUUCGACCUUACUGGCUUUGGCUAUAGCUACACCAACAACAACAUUGGCUCUGCCCAGCCUCAGGCUGAUUUGGGCACUCCCAUCGGACCAGGUGGAAUCGGUCCCACCCAGGCUGUCAUCCUUGCAACUGCCGCUGUUUCUGCGGCCACUAGCACCCAAGCUAGCAAUGCUGCUGCAUCUGGAAGGCGCCGGGACCGAAAGCGAGGUCCAAACAUGUACGGCUGCGAUAUAUGCAACCAAGCAAAGAUGUACACGUCCGCGUGUACUCUCUACAGGCACAAGAAGAAGAAGCAUGGAAUUCCGACCCUCGGCGAUGUCCGUAAGGAGAGACAGCGUGCCAUGCAGGCAAUUCAAGCUGCUCAAGCUGCUCAAGCUGCUCCAGACGCUGCCAAUGGAUCCGAUGAAGCUCAAGAACCUGGAGAUGAGAAUGAGGAAGAGGAUGAGGAUGAGGAUGAGAAUAUGCCGGAUGCGCAGUCCGACAAUGGAGAGGCCAAUGAGGAUUAG